AUGUUCUAUAAAGACCUCUUUCGUGUUGUUGCUACUGAUGAAGGUAUGUUACAUCAUUACGCUGACGUGAAUCGAACAUUUCCAAUGAGCGAUAUUAUCACUGCUGAUGGUUAUCCAAAACUAGUAUAUGUCUUCAAUAAUUCAUUGCCAGGACCUGUUCUACAUGUUUAUCAAAAUCAAACUGUGCGCGUGCGCAUCUACAAUAACAUGAUGACAGAAUCGUUGAGUGUACAUUUUCAUGGUAUUCGACAGGUGAACACGCCUGAGAGCGAUGGAAUUGGUCAGUUAACACAAAUCUCGAUAUUACCUGGUGCUGAUUUUCUCCAUGAAUUUGUUGCCACCGAUGAAGUGCAUCCGAGAGUUAAACCGAGCGCGGCUGAUGAUGGUGAAUUCGUCCUUCUUCUAAAUGACUGGCAGCAUUUUUACACCAGCGAACAACAAUAUUUACUGAUUGAAAGUGGUCAGUUUUAUCCGAAUGAUCUAGAAUCAUUAACGAAAUCUGAAACUAUUGAUUUCUUUCAAUCAGUGGAUGGAUCGAGAGCUGCCGAAGCGUUAGUUACUUCAAUAUUAAUCAAUGGCCGUGGCCAAUAUAUCGACACGCGAAAUGGAACGAGUGGUUCUAGCACGACACCUUUCGAACGUCUGAAAGUUCCAUCCACACAGGUUAAUAAAUCCUAUCGUUUUCGCCUCAUCAAUGGGGGUAGUGUAUUCUCGUUGAAAUUCUCCAUUGAUAAACAUCUUUUGAAAGUGAUCAGUUCCGAUGGCGUACCAUUCGCCCAGCCGAUGAUUGUCGAUCAGCUAAUUAUUGGUGUUGGUGAACGAUACGAUCUCCUUAUAGAUAACUUUACCGGAAUCGAUACUUCAGUCAACUAUUGGAUUCGAGUGAAUACGAUGGGUAGGAAUAAUAACAGUAGAUGGCACAGUUAUGCUAUUCUACAGUAUGCAGAAACUGAAACGAAACCUACAACCGUUCCUCGAACAUGUAGUUUAUCGCAACCAUGUCAAAUUUUGAAUUGUCCAUUCAUUCAAUAUGGGCCAGGCGAUAGUGAUGGAAGGAAUACUUUCAUUUGCCUAACACCAUUGAACAUUAGUACCCAUGCUGAUCAUCUCGAUGAGGAAUUAUUUAGUGAGAAUAUUCGAAUUAAUAUCAAUCAUACACUUUCGUUAACGAUGGUCAAAGGAAAUGAUAAUCGAGCCGGUUUUGAAUCGUUUAAUUAUAUUGGUAUGAAAUAUCCUCCAUUAAAGGAGUCGGUUCUGUCCAAUCCUCGACGCGCUAGAGAACUUCUUCCAUGUUCCGGACGAUCAUUAGCUGAGGAUGAUGGCGAGAAAUGCUAUCACGCUCUCGUCGCCCAAUACAACGAUGUCAUUGAAUUGCUUGUUGUCAAUCACGAUGACGAUCAACAUCCGCUGCAUUUACACGGUUCUUAUUUCCAUAUUGUGGAGCAAGGUCUUUCAGUAUUGAACAAGACAACAGGAGAAAUCAUGUCAAACAAUCCUAAGAUAGUAUGCGAUGAACAUGCUGUGUGCACAUGUCAAUCCGAAGAUAGAACGUGUGGGACGAAUAACAUGCGAUUAGUCAAGGAUACGAUUCAGCUACCAAAAGGAGGAUAUAUGCGCAUCCGCUUUCGUGCACAAAAUCCUGGCGUUUGGCUCUUUCACUGUCAUACAGAACCUCAUCUAGAUCGAGGAAUGGCUAUUGUUUUUCAUAUUGCUGAAGAUCGUCUUUCACCAGUUCAUUCUGGCACAGUUUGUGUUCUACUCAGCUAUAAAUCAAUCAUGGCAUUUUUCUUCUUGCUACGCUUACUUUGA